CAUUAGUUGAGUUUUUAAAGCUCACAUUGAAAGAUGCAGACAUCUGCUUUGCGGCUUGUGUGUGUGAGCCUGCUGUUGUGCCUGUCUCAAAGCUGCUAUCAGUGUUUUGUGGAUGUGGAAGACAGUCUCCGUCUGUGCUGGGGUCACGUUUUGACCGAGUACAAUGUGAGAAACGUUGACGCCUGCUUCGAGAAGCUGGACCGCAUAUUCAACAAUAAUGAGACAGUGAUUGAAGCUGGUAGAGUAGGUAAAGGCUAUGACAUCCAACUGAAGGAAAUUCUGGAUGCAGAGGUCCUCCCGCUGUUGGAAGAGUUUGACCAAAAGCUGAAUAACGACACUGUGUACGAGCAAAGGUUGCAGACAGCAGCAGACAAUUUCAUCUCAGCUGCCUCCAAACUGCCUAGAGUCUCUGGAUGUAUCCCUCCAUGUGGUUUUCAGAGUGCAGGUGCAGUGUACGACUGUGUUACCUGCCAGUACGACUCCUGUGAAUUUCCUCUCGACUGCCCAGUGGAAGAAAUUAAAGUUAUGGAAAACAGCAGGAUUCGAAUGUGGUGCGACGUGCCAUUUGCCUUGCCAACUGAUAUUGAAGUGAUCUGGAGGUUCGCAGAGGAGGUUGAAACGCAGCAAUUGGAUCACUUUAAAGAAGUGACUGUGGGCGUUGACAGGCUCUACUCCAUCCCCUCAGUGACUUUGAAGCAUCAGGGCACCUACCAGUGUGAGGUGUACUCGGGCCAGCUCUCCUUUAUCCGAGUAUACUACUAUGUCUCAGUGACCCCCCAGAUUGUGGCAGGCCACACAGAGCUGCAGGAGACAUUUGACCUGUCUCUGCUCCCAGGAGGGCAGUUUUUCCCCGCGUCUGGUGACUCUCCCCGCUCCUUCCUCGCCUCAUUGUUACCGCUUCUCGCCGCCUGUUUAACCGCUUUACUGCUGCUGCUGUGUCUCUCCCUGGGGGUUCUGCAUUGGUUAUCCAUACAAGAGCAAAGUCAUGCUGAAGAAACACAUCAGGCUGAAGAUUUAGGUUUAUUCUAGAGUGUUUGGAAGAUGUAUGUGACGCAACAAAGGCAUUUCAUCAAGUCUGCAGAGUGAUACGUCAUAGUCCAGACAACAUGUGUGUCACUCCUUCCACCACUAGAGGGCAGGAUCCACCUCUUUAUUAGUAGUAGUACUGAGUAAACGUUUUACUACCAUAGUGU